AUGCCCCCAACAGAAACGUUAUUCCUCGAAUCGACAACUCGCAUCCACAAGGACUCAGUCCACUCUUUCAUGGACUUUCAAGUUUGGGAUUUCCCUGGUCAGUUGGAAUAUCUCGAGCCAUCCUUCGAUCUGGAAGAUAUCUUCGGUACUCUAGGCGCAUUGGUAUGGGUUAUCGAUGCCCAGGAUGACUAUCUAGAAGCCGUCUCGAGGCUAAACAGAACCAUACUCCUCGUCCAACAAUACUAUCCUCACAUCAAUAUCGAAAUCUUCAUCCACAAAGUCGACGGCCUAUCUGAUGAAUACCGCUCUGACACGUUCCAAGAUAUCGUUCAACUCAUAUCAGAUGAGCUCAACGACGCUGGCUAUGAGAACGCGCCUGUACAUUAUUACCUUACGUCGAUAUACGACUACUCCGUUUUCGAAGCUUUCAGCAAAGUGAUUCAGAAACUCAUCCCGCAACUUUCCGCCCUCGAAAACCUCAUCAACAUUCUGGCCAACAACUCCGGCAUGGAGAAGAUCUACCUGUUCGACGUGCUCAGUAAGAUUUACAUCGCGUCGGACACAAAGCCCGUAGACAUGGCCUGUUACGAAAUGUGCUCAGAUUAUAUAGACGUUAUCGUCGAUGUGAGCGAGCUGUAUUCGUGGGAACACCCUGAGCGCAAACCCAACGGUCCGCAGAUCCCUGAAGCGGAGAGUCAUAUAAUUUUGCAUGAUAAGAGGAUGAUCCAUCUUAUGGAGAUGAAUAAGUAUUUAUGUCUCGUUUCCGUGAUAAGGAAUGCAGACGCGAGUGAGAAAAAGGGCCUUAUCGAUAUGAACUGCCGCACGUUCCAGUCCGCACUGAAUGAAGUCUUUGCGAAAACCUGGGAGCAGAAGUCGUGA